GACAAGAGAAGGACAUCCAUAGCUCUACUUCGGCACCACCUACCUACAUCAAGUUGGGCAGCCCUUGUGUUGUGUGUGAACCGCUAAGGAAGUAAGAAAGGAAAAGGAAAGGUACCCCACGAUGUCCAUUAUCCAGCAGCACUCCCAAGCUUCGCUCAGCGAUGCCUGGCGAACCAUCAACAUCGACGCACUAGACCCCGACUCGUCCCAGAACUUCGAUACCUCCACUCUACAUCCUCCUCUACCCGAGAUCACGGAGCCCGAUGUCCGCCAACUGAAUGCCCAAGUCCGCCAGCUGCUCCGGGGAGGUGAUGCCGAGGGUGCCCUGCGAGGCUCUCUCGAGACUCCCGUGUAUAAUGGCAGUGACUCGGCAAAGGAUGCACACAUGCAGACCGUGCUGGAGGUCUUGCAGUCUAUCAAGGCCAGCGAGAUGACACCGAUGCUGCAACGCAUCUAUGCCACGGAAGGCGGUAGCGAAUUAUUAGAUGUGUUGAUGAAGUAUCUAUAUAGAGGCAUGUCGGGGGGUUCGUCCAGUGGUGGAAUACGGACACCAACACGGAACCUGACACCCCAAGUUACCGGGUUCAGCCAAAUCGGCUCCAGGCCUGGUGGCACGAACGAGGUCACGGGCACGGGCAUGAGUGUGCUACUCAGCUGGCACGAGAAGGUCGUCGAGGUCGCAGGCCUGGGUAGCAUAGAACGAUGCAUGUCAGACUGGCGUAAAGUGUAAGAGUCGGUGUCGUCAUCAUCCAUGAAUUGAAUGAACGGGAUUAUGAACUCGAGCUCGCAUAUUCCCUAUAUGCUUUGCUUCUUCUAUAUAAUGAACAUCAGUCUAUCUUGGUUAACUUGGUGCCUUACCCCCCGGGCUGGAAUUAGAGCACUGGAAAGUAUCCAAUGGCAAAUACUCUGUACCUAGAUGUCCCUAUUAUGAGAUGAGUUCUACUGGAGUUCGCGUCGCGUCGCGAGAAACACGGUAUAUAGGUACCUAUAUAUGUAUGUUUGUAUGUAUUCUAAGUGCAUAUAUUGUAGUUUCCAAUGGUUGUUACUAGGUACUGCCCAAGU